GCCUCUAUGGGUGUGAUGGUGGACAUGGGCCAGAAGGAUGUUUAUGUUACCAAUGAGGGGCAGACCAAGCGAGGUAUUCUCACACUGAAGUAUCCUGUCAAUGUAUCCCACAGCAUCAUCACCAACUGGGGCAAUAUGGAAAAAAAAUGCACCUUCUACAGCGAGCUACAUGUGGCCUCCAAAGAACAGCCCACCCUUCUGACUGAGACCCCGCUCAGUCCAAAAGCCAACCGUGCAAAGAUGACCCAGAUCAAGUUUGAGGCCUGCGUUCCUGCCAUGUACAUGGCGAUCCAGGCAGUUUUUUCGCUAUAUGCUUCUGGUCGUACCGCAGGGAUUGUACUGGACUCUGGUGACAGUGUGACACACAAUGUUGCCAUCUAUGAGGGCUUCCCCAGGUUUUUUGUCCUGUCUCACGUCCCUUAG